AGUUGAGUGAUGUUGGGUAGUGCCGGACACAUAGACGCUUCGAGUAAGGAAAGACACAUACUGAAACCUCACAGGUGAUUUGUAUUGGAGAUUGCCGGACACCUAGACGUGUUGAGUGAGGAUAGCUGCAAACUGAAACCUCACAGAUGGAUUAGUUUUUGAGUUUGCCACACACAUAGACGCGCUGAGUUGGGAUAGCUACAUACUGAAACCUCAACGAGUAGAGUGAUGUUGGAUAGUGCCGGACACAUAGGCGCUUUGAGUGAGGAUAGCUGCAUAUUGAGACCUCAUGGGUUGAGUGACGUUUGCGACUGCCGGAUACAUAGACGCAUUGAGUGAAGAAAGCUGCAUACUGAAACCUCACGGGUUGAUUUGUAUUGCAGAUUGCCGGACACAUAGACGCGAUGAAGGAGGAUAGCUGUAUACUGAAAAUCCACAGUAGCUAUGGCGAGGGGACAAUUCGAGAAUGCAGUACACAUAGACCUGACCCCCA